AUGUCUGUUCCUUAUCUAUCUAUCUAUCUAUCUAUCUAUCUAUCUAUCUAUCUAUCUAUCUAUCUAUCUAUGUCUGUUAAUUAUCUAAGUCCUUUCAUGACAAAACAAAAUUUUGACUGCUAUCUAUGUCUGUUCCUUAUCUAUCUAUCUAUCUAUCUAUCUCUUCUAUCUAUCUAUCUAUCUAUCUAUCUAUCUAUCUAUCUAUCUAUCUAUCUAUUUCUAUCUAUCUAUGUCUAUCUAUCUAUCUAUCUAUCUAUCUAUCUAUCUAUGUCUGUUAAUUAUCUAUCUAUCUAUCUAUCUAUCUAUCUAUCUAUCUAUCUAUUUUCUGUUCCUUAUCUAUCUAUCUAUCUAUAUCUAUCAUAUCUAUCUAUCUAUCUAUCUAUCAUCCAUCUAUCUCUCCAUCCAUCCUUAUCUAUCUAUCUAUCUAUCUAUCUAUCUAUCUAUCUAUCUCUGUUCAUAUCUAUCUAUCUAUCUAUCUCUGUUUCCAUCCAUCCAUCAUAUCUAUCUAUCUAUCUAUCUAUCUAUCUAUCUAUCUAUCUAUCUAUCCACGGCCCACUACAAUUUCGAUCAAUCUAUCGACAUAUCUUCACAUUUCAGUCUGUCUAUGAACGUGUCUUCCCAUUUCAGUCUAUCUAUUUAUCUAUCAAAAUCACUUCCUGUAUCAAUCAAUCAAUCAAUCUAUCUUCCCGUUUCUAUCUAUUGAAAUCUCUUUCCUGUUCUUUCUUUCUACCUUAUUCAGCUGUAAUUAAAUUCUUGCAAUAUCUCUUGUUCGUUUCCAUAACUUCUGUAUUUUCCUCGGGUUUUCUUCUUCAUCUAAUUCUUCACGUUUUCUUCUUUUUCUUCUUCUUCUUCUUCUUCUUUAUCCUCCUUGUGUUUUCUUCUUCUUCUUCUUCUUCUUUAUCCUCCUUGUGUUUUCUUCUUCUUCUUCUUCUUCUUCUUCUUCUUUAUCCUCCUUGUGUUUUCUUCUUCUUCUUCCUUGUGUUUUCUUCUUCUUCUUCUUCUUCUUCUUCUUCUUCUUCUUCUUUAUCCUCCUUGUGUUUUCUUCUUCUUCUUCUUUAUCCUCCUUGUGUUUUCUUCUUUUUCUUCUUCUUUAUCCUCCUUGUGUUUUCUUCUUCUUCUUCUUACUCUUUAUGGCGUUCUUACCUUGGUCCUUUCUACUAUCUAUCUAUCUAUCUAUAUCUAUCUAUCUAUCUAUCUAUCUAUCUAUCUAUCUAUCUAUCUCCUUUCCUAUUUUGCAAGUGCUUGCUAGCUUUUGCUAACUUUUUUUUUCGCUUUUUCUUUUUAUUUACUACGCUUGCAUUUUAUCUGUCUCAGUUUGCUAAUAUCUAUCUGUCUGUCUCAAUCUGCUUCUAUCUAUCUAUCUAUCUAUCUAUCUAUCUAUCUAUCUAUCUAUCUAUCUAUCUAUCUAUCUAUAACUUUUUAUCUAUCCAAGCGAUUUCAUUAUUGAUUAUUUUCCUUUAUUUAUUCUCUCUCUCUCUCUCUCUCUCUCUCUCUCUCUCUCUCUCUCAACUAAUUUUCACUUUCAUUUCUCCGCUCCCACUUCCUUUACGACCUUUACUUUCUUUCUCAAAUUUCACCCUUUUCUUUUUUACCCUUUUUCUUUUUAAUCUUAUUCUUUUCAUACGCUUUUCUCUUCUUUAG